CACCGUACCUAGGAGGUUUUCCUAGAUCCUGGACUCCCUUUUUAAUAUGAUCAUUGGCUUGGUCAUGUUAAAAUAUACUACGGUAUUAUUAUUAUGGAGAGUCGUAUACCUCAACCGCGACAUAUUGUGAUCAUAGGUGGUGGCGUUAUUGGCACAACGACGGCCUACUAUCUGACCCGGCAUCCUUCCUAUAUUCCCGCGAUUCACCACAUUACUCUCCUCGAGGCUACAUCAAUAGCGUCUGCUGCAUCUGGGAAGGCAGGAGGUCUCCUGGGUCUUUGGGCUUACCCAGCAUGUCUAGUUCCGCUUUCCUAUCGCCUUCACGCCGAGCUUGCUGCCGAACACGGCGGUGCCGACAGAUGGGGUUAUAGGCGACUCGGGUGCGGACAACUUACGGCGAAGGUGGGGAACAAGAAGCUACCGAACAGCUCCACUAAGUCGAGGAAAAGGACUAGUCGCGGCGUUAUCAAACAGCAAGACGGGCAAGAGAACCCCGUGACUGAUGGCCAGGUGGAAUGGCAAAAAUUACCUAAGCAGGAUGAAAAGGCAGCUUCAUUACUUCAUCGUUCUGUCCUGCCUAAAGAUCUUGACUGGAUUAAUGCUAGUUUGGUGCGCGAAUACGCCGAGAUGGGACUGCCGGGUUUCACCGAGACGGCGCAAGUGCACCCAUAUCAAUUCACAACAUCAAUGGCAGCUUUGGCGCGUCAACGUGGAGUCGAAAUACGCGUUAAUAGUAUGGUUACAGGGAUCGGUCUAAGUAAGUCCGAGGUGGCUGUUUCGUGCGUCGAAUAUCUAGAUCGUGCGACGGGCGAAACGCGAACCUUAGAAGGUGUAACCGACGUCGUGGUGGCCGCAGGCCCAUGGACAGGGCGUCUUUGGCCGAAGACCAAAGUAGAGGGUCUAAGGGCGCACAGCGUCGUGUUCGCAGCCGAUGUCAGCCCGUACGCUGUUUUCACUGAUAUUUCCCUACCAAAUGACUGGGUACCGGCGCACAGGGCCGCGCGUGGAGAGAAGCGAAAGCACAAAGGCAACGUAGACCCUGAGAUCUAUGCACGACCAGGCGGAGAGGUGUAUGCAUGUGGCGAACCAGACUCGAUAAUACCGUUACCGGCAACCGCCGACCAGGUCGAAUGCGACGAAUCUCAGUGCGACGACCUUAUCUCAUAUAUUGGUACUGUGAGUCCCGUGCUAGGCUCUGCGUCAAUUGCCGCAAAACAAGCCUGUUACUUACCACGGCAUAUGCGUUUUGGUAAGGAGAGCGCGCCGCUUAUUGGCGGCACCUCGGUCCACCGGCUAUGGAUAGCGUCGGGCCAUACCUGCUGGGGAAUUCAGAACGGUCCAGCAACGGGCAAGCUCAUGAGUGAGUUUAUCUUUGAUGGAGAGGCAAGGAGCGCCGAUGUCGCGGAGCUGGACCCGAGAAAGUUUAAGGUAUGAUAGGACGAUGCAAGACAUAGAAGGGAAAAAAUAAAUGUCGGUAGGACAACUUAAGAAGAAGUCGUGUGGCGACUAUGACGACAAGACGCGUGGGAUGAUGGGAUUGG